AAAUAGUUGUAAGCUAUAAAAUCGUUGCGGGAGAAAAUUUGCAAAAACAUACGUUUGAAAUUUAACAUUUGCCUUUUUCUUCCCGAAACAAACUCAGCCAACCCGCCCACCUCUCUCUCUCUCCGUGUCUCACUCGUGUGAGGAGCGGUCUUCGUCCUCCUCUCUCCUCACCUACCAUACCAGGGCUGGAGCCUGCAGCCCCGCCAGACAAGAUUCCGAAGCAGACACCUGUCCCCAAUCGCUCUCCCGGCACCACCACCCCCACCAGACCAGAACAGAGGAGCUUGCUCUGCUCUGUGCUAUGCUCGGCUCACCUCACCCACCAAACCAAAAGCUAUCCUCCCUCCUACCCCACCCUCCUCCACAACGAGAAAAAGGAAAGGAACCUCAGAUUCACAACGGUAAAGCCUUCAACAUGCUGUCCCUUGUAGCCCACUCCUCUUAAUCCCACCCAGGCCGGCUCAGAGCAUUCUGAGAUUGAGUGCAACACAAGGCAGGAGCGGAGCAGAGCAGAGCAGGGAAGGAAUUUGGAAGGGGGCAGUCCGCAGAGCAAUACCAGAGACAGAGUCACAGAGCACCCGGAGGGGGUGCCUCCAAACGCAAACAACCAAGCCCGGAGCACUACUGCACGACGCCAGAGCAGAGCACAAAAGAAUCGCUGCAAGAAUGCAGCAAGGGAGCGCGGCUGGUAGUACUACGGCCGGUGGACGGAGGCGCGUGUCGGCGCAGUCCACGAGGAGCGUCGGCGCGGCGGGGGCGUCCGUGUGGGAGGCGCGGAUGAAGAUGGACGAGGUCAAAGGCGGCGUCAAGGUCUUCAGCGCCGGCGCCGGCGACGAGCCAGCCGACGAGGAGGGGAUGCGGGUGUACCGCCGCCUGCGCCGCAACCAGAGCGAGGGCGGCGCCAGCGCCGGCGGGGCCACCGCGGCGGCGAAGAAGAGGCGGAGCUGGAAGGCGUCCGAGCCGGUCACCGCGAUCGGGGAGCUGCGCAAGUCUCGGUCCGACGCCGCCGCCGCGGCGGUCACGGUGACCACCGGGGUGGUUACGAGGCGGGCCGUGGCGAGGGUCACCACGCCGGAGAAGAUGGUGGCGGUUGCGGCCGCAGCCGGCGAGGUGAAGGAGGUGGUGGUGGUCGAGGUGGGCAAGGCGCCACUGGAGGAAUCCAAGAACGUGGUGGAAGAAGCAGAGGAGUUGGACGACGACGAAAAGGAAUUGGACGAGGAGCUGGAGACAGAGGAGGAGGAGGAGAAGGAGAUGGUGGAUCAAGAUCACAUGGCCAUUGAUGAGGAAGAAUCUGCUCUGCACCAAGUGGACGACGACCAAGAUCUUGAGCCACCGACAAAAGUAGGGAUUAAGCCAUCGCCACUGCAAGAUGAAACAGCGGCUAAUCCAGAGACGGUGAAACAGCCUUCAGAGAAGAAAUCAGCCGCCGCGGCGAUCGAUCUCCGAGCAAUCAUCCCAGAGCCCAUGACCCCUCCUCCAGUGGAGAAGAAGCCGACACCGAUAAUAGUUCACCCCAUGACGAACUUCGAGCUGGCAAAACCUUCUCCAGAGAAGAAAGCUUUGCCGGCAACCGGUCGCCGGAUUCCUAAGCAAGAGCCUGUCAGCACUCCUCCCGUUGAAGAGGAGUAUGAGGAGAUUCAGGGCAGGCCAUCUGCACCCAGCAGAAGCCAUGCAAGGAUGCAGAAUAUUGUGGAUUUGGUGAUGUGGAGGGAUGUGUCAAAGUCUGCACUUGUGUUUGGAUUGGGAACUUUCUUACUGAUCUCCUCCUCUUAUGCCAAAGACCUGAAUUUCAACACAAUUACGGCAGCUUCAUAUGCAGGCCUGAUCUACCUUGGCCUAAGGUUCCUGAGCAAGUCCAUCCUCAACAGGGGUGAAAGUGUUGACUGCGAUGAUGAGAGAAUUGGUGAGAGGUGCUACCUGGUUGGGGAGGAGGAGGCCAUCUGGCUGCUGAGGCUGGUGCUGCCUUACGUCAAUGAGGUGCUGCUGAAUUUAAGGUCUCUCUUCUCCGGCGAGCCUGCAACCACCAUCAAGCUGGCACUGCUGCUGUUUGCAAUGGCCCGGUGCGGGAACUUUGUCACCCUCUGGACCCUGGCCAAACUGGUGUUCUUUGGGGUCUUCAUCAUCCCGAAGGUGUGCUCCUCUUACUCCACGCAGCUGGCAAGAUACGGCAAAUUUUGGCUGGAGAGGUUUAGGGAUGCAUGGGAGUCUUGCUCCCACAAGAAGGCAGUUGUGGCGGCCAUCUUCACCCUCGUCUGGAAUGUCUCCUCCACGGUUGCUCGUGUUUGGGCUGUUUUCAUGUUGGUGGUGGCAAUGAAGUGCUACCAGCAGCGCAUGGUGGAGUUCGGGUGGACCAGCACAGUGGAGGAGGGCGCCCAGGAAGCGGCAGAUGAGACACACCAAGAGGAGCCUCCGGUGAACUCUGGCCCGGCCAGGACCCAGGACGAGAGGCAAGGGUUCGGGGCGGUGGCGCCACGGCACCGGCGAGCGCCGGUCUCCGGCGAGUUCGCGAGGGAGAGACUGAGGGUGAGGGGCGGCAUUCAGCCGAGGUGACCGAUGGAAAUUCAAAGGCUGGGUUUUUCCUUUCUUAUUUUCUUUUUCCGUUGCGUAGUUUUGAACGUUGUGAUCGUAGUUUUGAACGUUGUGAUCGUGUGAUGGGUGGGUUGUGUACACCGGACGUGGUCCGGGUGUUUUGUAAUGUUUGGAUGUUUAGGAUCACUGUUUGGAUGAAUGAAUCUAUAAAUAAUAACUACAGGGUCCAGGAUCACUGUUUAAAAUUUU